AACGAGGGGACCGCGAAAGUAUAAAAUUACCUUUAUCAGUGAUAAUAAUCAUAGUAAUAGUAAUAAUGUAACAAUAAUUUUGAAAACAAAAAUUAACUGAAAAUGCUUACCUUUCAUUUUUUGGAAAACGGUGAAACGAGAGAUGUGGCAUUCUCGUUGAUGUAUUUUUACAUUUUAAAAAUGCACAAAUAUUUGUAGAUGGCAUUUUUACGAUUACAAUGCACAAUAAUUUAUACACUGAACACACUCGCAAAAAAACAACACAAAUUUUAUGCACUGUUAAUGUAAUUAAACAAAUUAAAAAAGAUAAUAAGUUUUCGCUCGAAUUAUUUCGCUCGAAGUGUUAACUUUCCAAGAAUCUCAGAAAAUCUAAAAAUUCAAGAUGAUUUUUUCUGCCGCCAAACUUAUUUUCUAUGCGUGCGCAUCCUUCUUUAGUAAAAUAGGCGCGGCUAAUGCAAUGACAUUGUCGCCACCAAGCGUUGGGGUAUCGAAGCUUGCGGGCGCAGUGUCGCCACUUGGUGGCUGGGGUGGGAACCUGCCGGCUUGGGGUGAUCUGGGGUGAUCCGCAAAUGAAACACGGCAUUGUAUUUCUAUAUACGUCUCUCUUCUCUGACUUCGUAUAUGAUCGUUUCGAAUCGAACGAAAUAGGCGUUUCCUAUUGGCUGAGAAAAACCGGGCGUGAGUGAAUGAGUGGCUGGUUGCUGCUUUCUUCUUUCGUUUGCGUUACCGAAGUGCUGAAGUUGUAGAGGAGAUCGUAGAGAUCUUACGGGUAGGUAUGUUCGGGUUGUUGCUCUCGAAAACCAGUCCUUACGGUCCUUGCAUGUAUGAAAUUCGUGUCAUUAUUUGAUUAGUAACGUAUUAAGACACAUAAUACGUAUAGUUGUAAAAUUAAAAAUAUUCCAAACGUCGAUCCCUUUUGUUUCGGUUGCGGGUGUGUUUUCGGAAACAUGAAGUGCUGUUCUGUCUCAACAGAUACAAUAUAUCGCAAAUCGCCUAGAUGGAUGGCAAUUGUGCAAAGAUCCUUGUUUUAUCGGAAAUCACGGAAAGGAUUUUGAUUUAAUGUGGAUUUUGCUUCGCAGAAAACAUAUAAAAGCCCUCUUCAGUAUACGAAACGAUGGACGAGAAAAAACAUACCCGAGUGGGUGGCACGAAAGUUUCACAAAUCGCGAACAUCUUCCAAGGCGGUAAGAUAGCGAGUAAGGAGGACAUUCUAUUUCCGCUUAGGAGUAAAUCCAAGGGCGACGAACAUGGCGUCUCUGACAAAAAAGACAUGGACGCGCCAACGGUGACUGUGAUUCGAACGGAAUCACACGUGACACGGUUUAAUAACGCUCGCGCUCUAUUCGAAAAGCUCGGGGAAGAGAAUAAAUGCAACAACAAAGAACGAGUAUUUCCGUUGCAGUCGACGAAAAGUGCAAGCAGCAUAUUGGACUCGAGGUCUCGAAGUAGUUCCGCGAACAGCGAAACCCGCGGAAGCGACUAUAAGUCUCGGUCGCCGUCUCCAAAAAGUUUCGACACCAAUUUGAACAGUUUCAGUAGCAGCGUGCCGGUAUUGAACGACGCGAAUCUAAACGAGACUAAAACGAACGGCCAUGCGAUCAACGGUGGCUUCGAACGAACCAAAAACGUCGACGAUAUCGACAGGACUAAACCGAAAAAGCCUGAAAAACCGGAACGAAAGUUUAACAGUCGCGAACUGAUCGAAAAACAACGGAACUGGACUUCGCAUUUCACGAAAACCCGUGCCGCAAGUCGAUACGGUAGUGACGCGAAUCGGGUAAGUGCUAAUAAUGGUCAAUCGGCUGCCGCAACUCGAAGCGCGUCGUUUAAUAAUCGAUCUCGCGAAUCUUCGAUAACGAACACGUCACCUCCCUCUUCCGAUAACGCGGAAGUGAACCGGAGGUCGAAUUUCGUGCGCAAAAACCGACCCGCUUCAGUCAUACCAACCACCAGUCCAAUCGCCAAUGAAAUUCCUAACACCAAUAGCAAAGGACCCGUCACUCCGCCGCCGAAAGACUAUCCUAAAGCACCCACAGUUGGUCCCGGAAACGUAAACGAAUCGAAAGGUCCUACUUCUAAUAAAUACAUAAAGUCAGACCUCGGUAGUAGACGCGGUUUCGUGCCGAAAACGUUGUACAAUAAGUCAGACGAUGUUUCGAAUGAUAGUGGCGGUAGUGUCGAUGAGUUACGACGCGAUUCCCCGAUCAAAUCGUCUCCUAGUCAGGAAAGCCUUAGGCCUCCGUCAGCCUCAUCGGCUUCGCCGAGAUCUCCUUCUAGUAGUAAGAGUCCAGUGGAGGAUAAGGAAAGGAACAGGGACAGUUUUUCGGGAAGCUUGUCGUCCAUUAGUCCACCAAGCAGUCCCAGCAGAGUCAAGACUGAAAGUGAAAAACAAGAGAAGGAAGGAAGCGAGAAAGAGAUAAAUGGUAAGUCCAAACUACACCUAUGCAUUAUGUAUCCUAUUUUAAUUAAUUUAUUGAUCACAUUGGAAAUUAAAAGACAAUAAGUGUGAAUAAUUUCG